CCGUUUUUUGCGCGUCGUCGUCGCAUUGCACUUGUUUACCCGCAAAAGUUGGACUGCUGCAUCCACUUACACUGCUGCGCAUCCCUGCGCAUCCCUACGCCACACGUUCGCUGACCUGCGAACUGCCUGCACUCACUCACUGCUCACUGCACUGUCGCACUGCGCACUGCACCCUGCUCCUACGCACGCCGUACUGCCACGCGCUACUGCACAAUGCUCCUGCGCAUCGCAUUCGUCGCGACAGCAGCAGCAGCGCUCGCCGCACCCACACGCCUCAAGAAAUGGGGCCGCAACACCAAGACGCAACGGGCAAAAGACGAGCCGGACGCCGAAAAGCCCGGCCGCGUCACGGAAUCGCUUGGCCUCGACCUCGGACCCGUGCGCCACGCCACGAUAUCAGGACAAAACACCGCAAAGCUCGAUCUCGACGGUCGCACCGUCGACAUUGACACGAGAGAUCUAUCGCAGCGCGUCGACGAGGCGGCCUGGUUGAAGUGUAGAGCGGCGCUUGAUCUAACCGCGUCGGAAUUCGACGCGGCGCGAGACAAGCACAAAUUUUCGUCGCGCGAGGAGGUGCUGCGGUGGCAGGCCGGCAAGGUCCCACGGCCGAAACUCGGCGGCCAACCCAUCGAGUUCGGGAAGCGCCACGAGAGCACUGCUAUCAAAGCCUACGCGCGGAAGACGGGCCACGACGUCGCGGCGACCGGCCUGUGGACCGACGCGUCACUCAAGUACGGCGCGUCGCCCGACGGCCUCGUCGUCGACCGCGCGACGGGCGAAGCGGGCUUGCUCGAAGUCAAGUGCCUGUGGUCGCGGCGGCACAAGCGGCAGCUCGCGCCGCUGACCAAGUGUCCGAACCGCUACUUCGCCCAGGUCCAGGGCCAGAUGGAGGUCUGCGAGCGAGACUGGUGCGACCUCGUGCUGUGGGUGCCGCACGAUCUGCGGGUUCUGCGCGUGCCGCGCGACCGCGCGUUUUGGCGUGACGAGCUGGGGCCGGCCGUCGUGGCGUUUUCCGAGGAGCUUGCCGCGAUGCGCGCGUCGUCGUAGCCAUGUGUAAUGUCUCUGUUUGUCCCUGU